AUGCCCAGCAGCGAAGCUUUGCGCACGCUGAGGUGGCUCACUCGCAGCGUUAAUGGUGCCCUUCAGCAGCCACAAACCGUGAUACAAGGAUGCGCAAGCUCAUCGACUCGGCUCAUGGCUACUGUCUCAGAAGCAUCAUCUAAAACAUCAACUCAAACCGACAGCAGAACGCCCUGGCAACCUCCUGCUCCUGCCCUCGUCACCAUUCACUCCUUUCCAUCAAUGACACCUCUCCGCUUCGAGGAAUACUCGCCAGAUCAUUUACUCGUACCUCUUCGAAGGGAUCUCCUCCACCGCGCUGUUGUCUACGAAGGUGACAAGACUCGCCAGGGUACCGCGAGCACAAAAUGGCGUGACGAUGUGCACGGAAGUGGACGAAAACUUGCUCCCCAAAAGGGUACUGGUCAUGCGCGAGUUGGCGAUAAGAAGUCUCCUAUCCGACGAGGCGGUGGUGUUGCACACGGUCCCCAUCCGCGAGACUUCUCGACCGAUUUACCCAGAAAAAUGUACGACAAGGCUUGGAGGAUUGCCCUGAGCUAUCGCUACACUCGUGGAUCACUAUUGGUUGUCGACAAUAUCGCCAUGCCCGAAAACUCCUCGCCAUGGUUCUGGAAACGAUUCUUUGAGGCUACUCCCUGGGGCAAGCACCAUGGAGGAUGUACCUUUGUUAAGGAUCGUAUGGAUGAGGAUCUUUUCAGCGCUAUUGCCGAGUUCCACCAGCAUAGCAGAAUACUUGAUCGGCCGGACCUGGAUGUGAAGGAUAUUUUGAAGAACGGAAAGAUGAUCAUUGAAAAGAAAGCCUUGGACAAGAUCCUGCGAGAUCACUCCAGAGACCUACCUACGCCACCGCCCAAGGCUACCUACCCUGAAGGAAUAGCCUCAACACCGCUGAGCCGGCUCUCGCGGUCUACUUUUUCAGCUAUGCCUCUACGCGCGAAAGUGACCAACCCAGCUUUCGCAUCCAAGAUGUCUCAAAGCACGAGUGCUGCGUCGAAUCCUGCCGUCGACUCUGACGAUGUCCUUUUUUACUCUACCUAUGGAUUGCGAUUGAUCGAACUCAACAGACCCAAGAAAUUGAAUUCUCUCAAUGGCUCGAUGUGCCAACAGAUUAUUCCCCGACUUCUGGAAUGGGAAAAUUCACAACUAGCCAACAUAAUUAUGAUCUCAGGGCGAGGCGAGAAAGCUCUCUGUGCAGGCGGAGACGUCGCAGCUCUCGCAGUAAACAACAAGGAAGGCCCUGAAGGCGUUAAACGAUCACAGGAUUACUUUGCUCAAGAAUACCAGCUCGACCACUUGAUUGCGACGUAUAGCAAGCCCUUCGUGGCCGUUAUGGAUGGUAUCACAAUGGGAGGCGGAGUGGGAUUGAGUGUUCACGCCCCCUUCCGUAUCGCUACCGAACGUACCCUCUUCGCUAUGCCCGAGACCACAAUUGGAUUCUUCCCCGACGUUGGCGGCUCGUUCUUCCUUCCGCGACUUGACGGCGAAAUCGGUACUUAUCUCGCUCUUACCUCGGAGCGUCUCAAUGGUGUGCAGGCCUUUUACACUGGUAUCGCAACACACUACGUCGACUCGAGUGUGCUCGGCAACUUGACAAACCGACUUGCGGAAUUGGUGUUCAAGGACUAUGCCAAUCUCCAAGAGCGCAAUGACCUCGUCAACAAGACCAUCGCCGAGUUUGCGACUGGUCUGCCAUCUAUCGAACAGGAGCCUAUUCAUCUCCGAUACAAGCUCCGCCAGGCUAUUGACCGAUGCUUCAAGUACAACACCGUCGAAGAAAUCGUCAAAGCGCUCGAGAAGGAAGAAGACCAGAAGGAAUGGGCACAAAAGACGCUCGAGACACUCACCAGCCGCUCACCAACGUCCCUCAAAGUCACACUUCGUCAACUCCGUCUCGGCAAGAACUGGAGCAUCAAGGAGACGUUCCAGCGCGAACAUGCCAUCGCAAGUGUGUUUAUGAAUCACCCGGAUUUCGUCGAGGGAGUCUCAGCGCGUCUGAUCUCCAAACCUGCACGAACCCCCGAAUGGCAACCCAGUCGUCUAGAGGACGUCACGUCACAGGCUGUGGAUGCUUUCUUCAAGAUUGAGGGGGAGCCCUUGAGCACAUUCCACGAUAACGACUACAAGCAGUACCCUCAUGCCAAGUAUGCGUUGCCCACAGAAGCAGAUAUCGAGGCGUUUGUGCGCAGCAACAGGACGACUGGAGCAGAUGCUGUGAAGGAAUUCGUCCAGAAUUGGGGUCAGAAGGAAGGCGUCAAGGCUAAGGUGUCUGAGGUGCUUGGCCGACGCACUGAGAAGACGGACAAGGGGCUGAGGUGGAUUGAAGAAGAGGGUAAGGAGGAUAAGGAGUAG